GGAGGAAGACACUCCAGCGCCGCUGAGACAGUCAGUUGCUCCGAGACCGCGAGUUCAGUCGCAGCGUGUGCCACUUAGAAUGCGCGCGCAACCCAUGACUCAUUCCCAGCUCUUAGUCAUUCCAUCUGAGAUUCUGCUAUUGUUGUUCUUCUGCGCCUUCUUCCAGAGUGCCUGAGCACUUUUUCAGUGCAAAGUGUGAACUUUUUGUGGCGUCUCAUGUGAAAAGAAGCGCUGCAAGUUGCAUCAACACAAAUCAUAUCUUGGUGAAAUAUUGCAGUGCGCGGAGUGCAUUUGAAUACAAAAACGCCGCAGCGCGAAAGAGGUGAACUUUGGUGAAUUGGAACGAAGAGAGGGGCCACAGGAAGCUCAUCAUUGAGUCAAGUGAUUGACCUCCCAGCUGCCCAACUGGGUGUCCAGCGAUCAACAAGUUGGCGGGAGAAAACAGGAUAUCGCCGCGCAUUCUGGAAUUUAAUGCAUGUGACAAUGGAGGGAAACGGAGGCAGCAGUCGCAAGAGUGGCAUUCCGAAGCCCACAAAGUUCAGAAGCUCUCUCUGCACAUCACCGGUGGAGAACGGAAGCUCCAGCUUCCUCUACGGAAGCAUCAGCCAUCUGCCCGGUGCCUUCCAGAAGAGCAAUUCAUCCUCACCAAGUCCCACUGACGAGAUGAGUCGCUCCCGUUGGAAUUUAUCCAGCAGAAGUAGCGAUUAUUUACAGAAAAUUGUCGAACUGGAGCGACAAAACCAGAAAAUAAGUGAAGAAAAUGCCAAGUUCAAAGCUCAAAUUGCCAGUCUCGGAAGUCAAUUGGGUGAGACGAAAAACCUCCUCGAGAGAGAACAAAUGACGAGAAAAACCAGCGAAGCCGUCCAAAAUGAGCAGAAACAUAUAAUCAAGACUUUGAAGACAAAUGUCGCAAAGAGAGAUUCAGAAUUCCAGCAAUUGAUGGAGAAGAAUGCGAAUAUUCGCAAAAAACUCGGUGAACUUUUACCCGAGGAGAACUUCUUCGAAGACACAGAUAAUUGUGUUAACAACAAUUCCACCGAAAGCGCCACACAACCCUCCAUUUCCGACUGCAUGGAGAAGAUGGUAGAUGAGAUUGGCAAACUGAAGGCUUACAUUGGAAAACUGGAGCUUCAACUCUACGAGACUGACGAGAAAAUCUCAGAUUUAAUGGAAAAUAAAUUGCAGCUUGAGAAGGAAAAUGCGAGCCUGAAGGUGGAAAAUGCAAAUAUGACGACACUGGCGAAGCUCGUCACGGAGAAUAUGCAGGAAAGCAUCGAUACAAGCAAAAAGAUGGAGUACACAAUUCGCCAAAUGAGAGCUGAGAAGGACAAAUUGCUGAAGUCAUCAUCGCCCAGGGACACUCCUGACGUGGUGUGUCCGCCGGAGAGGAAAUCCGUGCCGCAGAAUCAGCUCACGCGAAUGCGUAUCCAGCAAUUCGAGAAUGCAAGGGUGGAACCCGAGCGCCCACUUCCCGUCCCACCGAAGAGGAUUACAGAAAUGCAUGAGAAGGAGGUGGAGGAUGGGAACGGUGAUGGAGUCGAUGAGGUGGAAGAGUGUGAUAGAGCGGAGGGACUCGCUGAGGAUGUUAUUGAGAGAAUCCGAAUGCUCGAGAUUAAGCUCGAGAUUGCCGAGCGGGAGCUCAGUCUGGCAUUGAGUCGGGCCGAGCUGGCCGAGACGGCUCUCACGGAGCUGAGGCGGAAGGAGUCCGUGAGCCAGGCACCCCCGCCUCCUCCCCCUCCCCCACCCCCGCCGCCACCGCCACUAACCAUGACUAAUACAGCGAGAGUGAAUAGUGACGGCGAUAUUGAAAGAAAUGACUCGAGUAGGGUGGCGAAGGCUUCAGCAUCCAGCCACAAGAAGGGACAAUCAACAGGUAUGGAUAUUAUAAUGGAUGAGCUGAAGACGGUGACGCUAAGGAGACGACGACGCCUUGAAGAUACUCAAAAUCCCGUCGUCAACGGUCUCUGCGAGGUCAUCGAGAAGAUACAGAAGCAGAAUCGCAGCUCUAGAACACUAUUCCAAGUGAAUUUGCAGAAUUUCAGCACGACUAGUGAACACUUCUAA